AUGUUAGAUCAACUUGCUUCGCAUGGGCUGUUUGAUGUACAUGUGAGGGCAACUGGUGACAUUCAUAUUGAUGACCAUCACACCAAUGAAGAUGUUGCUCUUGCUAUUGGAUCGCUGCAAGAGGAAGCUGUCAUUACUCUUCAAUGUUUGGGGAAAUUUGGAGAUGGGGCAUUUGAGGAUAUCUUUACAACGAAUGUUGACUUUUCUUCUAAAUAUGAUCAUUACAUAAGGUUGAACUUAAAGGGAAGCAAGGAGGUCUAUUCUUCUGGAUUUUGUUUGGAUGAUGAAUGUUGGAGAUUGUACGAGAAACAGGUGCAUGAUCUUCUGAGUCAAGAUCCAGUAUCAUUCUUUCCAAAUUUGCUUGGGACAUUUGAGGUUCUAGAAAGGCGCCUGCGCUCUAUUGAAGAUGUUCCGUUGAAGAUAUCUCACGUACAACCUUUAGACACAGUUGCAAAUCAGGUUGCAACUUCUGUGAAAUGUGACUGA